GAGAAUGCCAUGAUGCCUCAUGCCUCAGUUAUUUGUUCUCAUUGCUCUAGUCCAUCUAUCUCCGCGGAAGUCCCGUUCGUUGUGUUCACCAGUAUUAUUGAAGCUCAACAACAACCCCAAAUCUUGCAGUUGUUCUGAAGAAUGUCUACUUAUAAUUUGAAUGGAAAAUUUGCUAUAGUGACUGGUGCUGGCUCAGGGAUUGGUCACGCAGUGGCCAGCAUGCUGCUCGAGGCAGGAUCGUCUGUUAUUCUGGCCGACCUGAAAAUGCGCCCAGAGGCCGCAUCGAAGGUUGCCACAUACCCUCAUCCUGCGGUCACACCCGGAGCUUCGACUGCAGUAUUCCACAAAACAGAUGUGGCCGACUGGGCUCAACUUAGUGCCUUGUGGGAGUUCGCUCUGAACACAUUCGGGCGUAUCGAUAUUGUCGCCAAUAUAGCUGGCAUAUAUGAAUCGCCAUUCAGCUCCUUCUGGAAACCGCCCGGUCUCUCGCCCGAGUCUGCGGAUCCCAUCAACGCGGCCCCCGGUCAAUACCAGAUUUUUGCCAUCAAUCAAGCGGCGCCCAUUCGACUGUCCCAGAUUGCCGUGGAUUACUGGACUCAAAAUCCGGGCGUGAAGGGUAAUCUUCUGUGUGUGGCAAGUAUGGCCGGCUAUCUCCAUGCAAUCGAUACGCCCUUAUACAUGGCCAGCAAAGCGGCGAUUGUCAGCUUUGUCAGAUGCUUGGGCGAUCUCCAAGGCUUAUUUGGGAUCCGGGUUUCCGCUGUGUGCCCCGGGGCCGUGUUUGUAUGCGACUUUCCCAUCGAAUCAGCCUUUUUUUCUUUCGGCCACAGCUAUCACUAACCGCGUAAUCAUAGACCCCUAUGUUCGAGCCCGAGUGGAAUAGAAAGUUGACAUUGGAUGACGUAUCGUUAUCUGCCUUUGAA